AUGGAUAUCUACGAGCGACCCUACUACAAAAUAACUAAAAGCUUCGCUUCUUUUAUCGGUCAAUGGCCUUAUCAGUCGCGCCUUCAGCGUUUGGUAUUAGAGUUUCUCCUGUGGAACCUGUUCAUCAUUCAAGUAGUUCCACAAGUUGUGGUUUCUUUGGUAGAUAAUUUUCAAGACCUGGAUGUAGUUUUGGAAUUGUUGUCUGCAUUCAUUAUGGAUUUGGCGUAUGCCGCUAAAUAUUUAAAUGCUAUUCUAAAAGCUGAACUGAUAAAAAGACUUUUCGAAAAAAUUAGAGAAGAUUGGAGGAUCCUGAGAAGCGACCAUGAAAAAUUGAUACUGGAAUACCAUUUGAAAAUGGGCCAGUACCUAUCAAUUGGAUAUACAGGUUUUGCAAACUUGGCGCUUUUAGUGUUCAUACUUGAUCCAAUUUUUCCGAUAAUAAUUGACAAAGUUUCUAAAUCAAAUGACACUUUACCGCGGAGAUUCGCCGUUCCGAUGGAAUUCGUCGUGUGUGAUCAACAAAAGUACUAUUGGUCCCUCUUAGGCGUGUCCAAUUUUUGCAUCAUUUCUAUAAUCAUGGUAAUAGUUUGCUGCGAUGUCCUCUUUAUUUCAUUUGUGCAACAUGUUUGCGGAAUAUUUGCCGUCGUGGGUUUUCGUAUAGAGCAUGCACCUAAUGUGAUCAUUCCGCACGAAAUACUCAAGGGGUCAAAUUUUGGCAGCAACUAUCAAGAUGUUCAUUACAGACACCUUGUUACUUGCAUCAGAGACCACAGACGAGCAUUCGCUGAAAUGAUCGAAACUACCUUCACCGGAUCUUUUGGAAUUGUCGUUGGGCUAAAUUUACCAAUAAUGAGUAUCACCGCGGUCCAGAUUAUGGCUGAAACAAAUUCAAUCCAAGACACUGUCAAAAACAUUAUGUUCACUGGCGCCCAAUUGGUCCAUCUUUUUUUCGACUGCUACAUGUCUCAAAGACUGACGGAUAUGAGCUCCCAUAUCCAUGAUUGCAUAACGAGAGCUAAGUGGUACGAAAUCUCAACGAAAUCAAGAAAGUUACUGAUUUUGAUGACACUUAGGAGUCAAGUUCCCUGUAAAUUGACAGCGGCUAAAAUCAUGGAUCUGUCUAUAGAAAGUUUUGGCGUGUGUGUCAAAACAGCUGGUUCAUACUUUACAAUGCUUAUGUCGAUGCGUUGA